AUGUUGCACAAGUAAUUACAAUAGUAUUUCAAGAUAUUUUCAGUUGGUCGGUGCACACAUUUAAUCUUAAACUGUACUGUCAAAAUUUUUAGAGUAUCCUUGAAGUGUAAAUACCAUGCGUGCGUUAAUCCCAACCAUCACCCCAUUUUCAGUUAAUGCGCAAUUUAAAUUACUUUCUUAGUUUAGGCUCCAGCCUACAUAUGUAAAAGAGAUAAUUUUAUCUUUACAUACGCCUCCGGUUUGGUUAAAGGAUUGUGUUAAUGGACUUUAUGACCGCUUUCUGGUGCAAUAUGCAUGAGAUUAGAGAAUUUAAAAAUGGUACAAAAGUUGCGCUUCCAAACGAUUUUGUCUCACUUCCGAAGUGUUUUUGAAACUAGCAUCUAGCACACACUGUUGAGGUCCUCUCUACUUGAAAUGUCUAGAACCAUUUCGUUGAAACAUCCGGAGGUUCCGGUUGCUCAUCAAAUUUCUGAUGGGAAACUGGAGAUUGGAGACAAAGUUGAACUCAAGGGCGAACCUCUUGAACAUGCUGAACGGUUUAUGGUAAAUUUUGUCGAUAAAUCCACCCACCACUGUGUCUUCCACUUGGACUUCCGUUUCAACGAAGGAGAUGCGUAUCACAAGGCAGUGGUUCGCAACAGUAAUUACCCACACGGUCAUUGGGGUGCGGAAGAGCGUUCCGACAACCCACUGCAGAGGGGAAAGCCAUUCAAGAUACAGAUCAAAGUCUUGGCAGACCGAUUUAAUGUCGAAGUUGACGAUAGUCAUCAUUUCGAUUUCAAUCACCGCGUUUCCCUCGGCGACGCUGACUUGAUUGAGAUUAAAGGGGACGUCAAGAUCAAAUCUGUUAAGAUCAAGGAAUGUUAGCUCAUGUUUGCAGCAAUUUCUGAAAAUAAGAUCUGGCUGAAUGUUUUGUUGUUAUUUAACUAUUUAAGAACGUACAGCCUUUUCUUUGUUUUACAACUUCACCUUCAACAGUGAAAUAAAUGGUUAUCUACUAGAAAA